AUGUGGGACUCUCUCUCCAACCCACCGGAGGGCCUCAUCGGAGGUUACCAAGGGUCCAGCCUCGUGAUCAAGAUUUUGAUGGCUGUCUUCAGUGCCAUUGCCCUUUACAAUGCAGUCGAACUCGUUAUUCUCAUCUUCCUCACUUUCACUCGCUACAGCGGACUCUACUUUUGGAGCAUGCUUCUGUCCGACGUACUCGGGGUCAUUCCCCACGCGGUUGGUUAUUUGCUGGAAUUUUUCGCGGUGGGUCCAUUGUGGUUCGCGGUCACUCUUUCGACAAUCGGUUUCUACUUUAUGGUGCCUGGCCAAUCCAUUGUGUUGUAUUCUCGUCUUCAUCUGGUGGUACAAAGCCAAACGACCCUUCGACGUGUUCUCGCCAUGAUCAUCAUUGAUGCAAUUAUCCUCCUCAUUCCUACGACUGUCCUUACCUAUAGCACUAUUUACAUUGGCUCCACGGCGAUCAUCAGAGGGUACAAUGUGAUGGAGCGAAUGCAGCUGGCCUGGUUUUGCGCUCAGGAAAUUCUCAUCUCCGGUAUCUACAUCGUUGAAACAAUCAAUUUACUCCGGUUGCGGCCCGAAAAGGAUCCGCAACGGCACAAGAGCAUGUACGAGCUGAUUGCGAUCAAUAUGGUCAUUGUCUUGUUGGAUGUGUCCCUCCUCGUGCUGGAGUAUGUGGGACUGUACACCCUCCAGACCACGCUCAAGGCCGCUGUCUACAGCGUCAAACUGAAGCUGGAGUUUGGAGUAUUGCGAAAACUCGUCUCGCUCGUCAACACCCGCCCGUCAGAAUCCAGCUCGACCGACCAGGAUGACUUCCCGAACUUCGUGGACCCAGAGCAGAUCACGGGCGAUGUCACGCGAGCAGCUCCGCCCAGCGCGCACACGCAGUCGCGAUAUCCCUGGACAGCCCUUUCCAUGGACAGCCUGGCUUUGUCCGAGCGUAGAAGGCCCUUGUCGCAGUCAUCGGAGGCUCCCCGGCCUCCUUAA